CUUUCCUUUGCCGUUUGUAGGUGAAACCCAUGGGCUUCAUUGGCUCCUUGAUUUAAACCACGCCCGGCUUUCUGCCCGCUUUGCAGCUGCUGGGCCAGGCCGCCCAGCCUCAUCCCAGCCGCGGUCGCGGGGCGCGGGGGCUGCUGCUGCUAUUGUGUGGAUGCCGCGCGGCGCGUGUCCGCUCUUCUCUUGCAGAGAUGGCUAACCGGGGCCCGAGCUACGGCUUAAGCCGAGAGGUGCAGGAGAAGAUCGAGCAGAAGUACGACGCGGACCUGGAGAACAAGCUGGUGGACUGGAUCAUCCUGCAGUGCGCAGAGGACAUAGAGCACCCGCCCCCCGGCAGGGCCCAUUUUCAGAAAUGGUUAAUGGACGGGACGGUCCUUUGUAAGCUGAUAAACAGUCUAUACCCACCAGGACAAGAGCCCAUUCCCAAGAUCUCAGAGUCAAAGAUGGCUUUUAAGCAGAUGGAGCAAAUCUCCCAGUUCCUAAAAGCAGCAGAGAUUUACGGUGUCAGGACAACUGACAUUUUUCAGACAGUGGAUCUGUGGGAAGGGAAGGACAUGGCGGCAGUGCAAAGGACCCUGAUGGCUCUAGGGAGUGUGGCUGUCACCAAGGAUGACGGCUGCUACCGGGGAGAGCCUUCCUGGUUUCACAGGAAAGCACAGCAGAAUCGGAGAGGAUUUUCAGAGGAGCAGCUUCGCCAGGGACAGAACGUUAUAGGUCUGCAGAUGGGCAGCAACAAGGGUGCCUCCCAGGCGGGCAUGACCGGGUAUGGGAUGCCCAGGCAGAUCAUGUGAGACGCCACCUCCCAACCCCAGUAGAGAGGAUGAAUGUUCCACACCACAGUCUCUAUGAUAAAGAAAUAGUUAGUCACCUUCUGACCUUCUCUUUCUCAACGCCUCCUGUCCCUGGUUUUUGCAAGUGCUGCAUUUCUGCUGAGAAUCCGCGUUGCCUACUGCUGCCACCUUCGGUUCCUUAGAACUAUGCAAAGACUCCGCUUCCUUCCUCUUCCUGAGCUCCUUCUUUGGCCUAAAAGUCUCCGUUUGUCUGAUUAUUUAUUUAUUUAUUUGCCAAAAAUUUCCCUCCUCAACGUAACGAUCGCACCGAAUAAACAGAUUAGUCUUGUGUC